GUGCCAGUCAAUCGAUCGGACUCUCUUCGUUCUACCGUUUACCUUCACGCAGACGCCGUGGUGACUACUAAGCACGUCGCCUUAGUCGAUUAGUACACGUUGUGCCAUCGUGUAGUCACCAUGUGUCAGUCAGGGACUAAAGACCUGUACAAUCAUAGCGUGCAGCUGAAUCGUUGGUUUCUGAAGCCGAUAGGCGCAUGGCCACGAUCCUCCGCGACAACUAAAAGCGAGAGAACCGUGUCCAACGCUUUGAUAUUCAUAUGUUAUUUCUUAAUAGCCCUGACCGUGUUGCCGUGCAUAUUAAACCUCCUCUUUGAAGAGAAGAAUCUCGAUCUAAAACUGCGGAUGAUUGGUCCGUUGAGUCAUUGGUCCAUGGGCGGAAUGAAUUAUUGCUUCCUCUUGCUACGUAACGCCGACAUACUCCGAUGUGUGCAACAUAUGGAAACGGAUUGGAGAAUCACGAGACGUCCUCAGGAUCGCGACAUCAUGGCGAAAAACGCGAGACUGGGUCGCUUCGUGGCAGGUAUCUGUGCGGUAUGCAUGCACAGCGGUGUGUACAUCUACAGCGUCGUGGCCGGAAUGAAGACGAUAGAAGUUUCGAUCGGUAACAAAAGCGUCCCAAUGGUGCAGCUACCAUGUCCAGUGUACAGUAAAUUCGUUGAUACUAGGUUCAGUCCAGCGAGAGAGAUCAUGUUGGUGAUGCAACUGCUCUCGGGCUUCGUAGUGAAUUCUGUUAUUGUUGGCGCGUGCAGCUUGGCUGCUGUCUUCGCUAUGCAUGCGUGCGGACAACUCGACAUCCUGACCCUGCGUCUGAACAAUCUUGUCGAAGAUCAGGACGAAAAGAAAAAUGACUCGGCUAAUAAAAAGAUGGCUGACAUUGUGGAUCAUCAUUUGCGCGUCUUGAGAUUUAUAACGUACAUCGAGAAAGUUAUGAAUCAAAUAUGUCUGGUAGAAUUAGUCGGAUGUACAUUUAACUUAUGUAUGAUUGGAUAUAACACCAUUACGUGGUGGCAUAAAAUUGAUACGUCGGCUAUAGUGGCAUACGUUAUCGUAUAUGCAUCAAUGAGCUUUAACGUUUUCAUAUUUUGCUAUAUAGGUGAAAUUUUAACGGAACAGUGUAAAAAAGUUGGGGAGACAGCAUAUAUGAUUGAUUGGUAUUACAUACCUCACAAGACAGCUCUUGGCUUAAUCUUGAUUAUAUCAAGAUCAGGCGCUGUGAUUAAAAUAACUGCAGGAAAAUUGAUUCAGCACUCUAUCGAAACUUUCAGCGAAGUGAGUAUUAAUAAACUCUUUUUUUUUUAAUUAUGUAAAAAGGAGAUUUAU